AUGGGCUUCUUUCCCGAUGAUGUGUUGGUUGAGAUACUGUGUCGAUUGCCGGAAAAUCCUCUGACUAAGUUCAAAUGUGUAUGCAAAUCAUGGGAUUAUCUAAUCUCUGUGUUUUGCUUGCCCAGAGUGUCUCUUCCUCUCUGUGGCCUUUUCUUCCGUACUUAUGCUCUCCCACCUCAUAUGCCCCUUAUAACCACAGACGCCAGGCGCCCAGUAUGGGAUGCAUUUUUAAAGCAUUUGGGGCGCUUUGACAACGAAGAGCUCAUUGACUAUGUUUCUGUAGAAGACAACAGUGGCAUUGAUGGUGGUGGUGGAGGAGGAUUUGUUGAUUCUGAAUAUUUGGCCAACUUAUCGUUCCAAAAGACUAAUGCAAAUGACUUUCUUGAUAGUUGCAAUGGCUUGUUUUUGUUCUUCAAUUCCUUUGAUUUCCGGUACUAUGUGUGCAACCCUGUGAUGAAGCAAUAUGUGCCGAUUCCCAAAGCCCGCUGCCACCAGCAGCAUCAUUGCUAUGCAGCAUUGGCUUUUAACCCCUCCGAGUCCCUUUGCUACAGAGUUGUACGAAUUGCAAGAUGCAAAAUGGAAAAUAAGCUUGUGUUGGACAUAUACUGUUCUAAUACUGAACAAUGGGUUAGACACUGGGUACAAAUUGAUUCCUGCAUUAAUGGGCGCUCCUGGAUAAGGCAUGCUGUUUACUUUCACGGUGCACUGUACCAGUUAUCUUUGUCUAAACACCUUUUGAGGUUUGAUCUCAAUGAAGUCGGUGUUCAUGCCGUUAAGCUCCCAUUGACAGAAAGUGAAAAUCGAAAUCUAAUUGGAUGUAUUGGGGUGUUGGUGGGCCGGCUAUGUUAUGCGAAGAAAACCCCCACCACAUUGUUCAUUUGGUCACUUGAAGGAGACUGUAAGGCCAUGGAAUGGGCUUUGAAGUAUAGGAUCAACAUGGCUAGUUUAAUAAAUGAUUUGGUGCUUUCUAAAGGGCUUUCUCGUUCUCGGUUUUUAUGGUUUCAACCCUUUGCUUUUCAUCCGACUUCUGAUGUUAUCUUCUUGAGCAUUCCGCUUAGGAUCCUGAGUUAUGAUCUCAAAAGGCAAAGGUUAGAAGAGGUGUACAAACCAAGAGAUGGUGUAAUAGUAGAAGGGCGAUAUUAUCCAGGCUUUACUUGUUUUCGUCUCCUGGUCUCCCUAAACCAUUUGGGCAAGAUCCAGUAUAGAUCAACUCAGCUGUAA